GGAGUCUAGAUAUUUUUUAUCGCUAUGGUGAGAAUGUUAAAUAUGGUAAAACUUAAAACUAUUAAUGUAUUGAACUUAUUUCUUUAACAAUAUGUAAUUAUUGGUUCUAAAUACCGACAAGAAAUACACUUCCGAUUGCGGGCCUCUCGACUUCCUCUAUACAUCCGGGUGUGCGCGAAAUGUUUCCACUCGUUUCGCUGCUACUUUCACAAGUUCCGAGUGCGGUGCAUAUUUUUUUAUAUUUACACAAUGAGGAUAGUCACCUGGAAUAUAAAUGGUAUACGGACUUUCAGAUGUGGAAUAAAAAAGACACUCGAUUCACUGGACGCGGAUAUUAUAUGUGUGCAGGAGACCAAAGUGACAAGAGACCUGCUCGAUGAGAUGACUGCCAUCGUUGACGGCUACAACUCCUAUUUCAGUUUCAGUCGAGGACGCAGCGGCUACUCAGGUGUGGCCACUUAUUGUAAGGACAGUGCCACACCGUUUGCUGCUGAGGAGGGUCUCACUGGUCUGUUGACCAAUCGUGAGGGAGCCAUUGGUUGCUAUGGUAACCAGUCCGCGUUUACCGAUGAGGAGCUGCAGCUUUUGGAUAACGAGGGGCGAGCCGUCAUCACGCAACACAGAGUCCAGUGUUCGGACAAAGUACAAACUGUUAAUGUCAUGAAUGUUUACUGUCCACGAGCUGACCCGGAAAAGCCAGAGCGCAAACAGUUCAAACUGCAGUUUUACAAGCUGCUUCAAGGUCGAGCUGAGGCUAUGCUGAAGAAGGGGAGCUCUGUAAUUGUUUUAGGGGAUGUCAAUACCUCUCAUCGACCAAUCGACCACUGUGACCCAAAUGAAAUUGAUGACUUUGAGGACAACCCUGGUAGAAAAUGGCUGAACGGCUUUUUAAGGGACGAAAAAGCGUCGGCGUCAGCAGAUUUCAGCCACAGUGGAAAGUUUGUUGACACAUUUCGCUAUUUCCACCCGACUCGCGCCUGCGCCUUCACAUGUUGGUCCACUCUCACGGGGGCUCGCCGUACCAACUACGGCACACGCAUCGACUACAUCUUCGCUGACAAUCAACUAGCGGAGGAGCAGUUUGUGGCGGCCGACAUCAUGCCAGAAGUGGAGGGGUCGGAUCACUGUCCCGUGUGGGGGGUGCUCCGGUGCUCUCUGCUGCCCAGUUCCAAGCCCCCCCCUCUCGCUACGUGCUACCUGCCAGAGUUUGCUGGCAAGCAGCAGAAACUCUCACGCUUUCUGGUUAAGGUGGACCAAAAGUCAUGUCGGACUGAGGAGGCACUACCUGGAUCUCAAGAAGAAGGAGAAAGGAGAGAGAAUAUAAAUGUAUCAGGUACAAAGCGAACCAUGAGUACAGAGUCUGUUCACCAGACAGGCAAAAAGGCCAAGACAAUUAAGACUUCUUCAAAGCCACAGGGGAACCUUCUUGCCUUUUUUAAACCUAAAAAUGAAAAAUCACUUGGCUUCUCACCGAAUUCCCUCAAAGGGUCCCCGGUAAAGGGUGAGCCUAUUGAGCUUACACCGGCUGUUGCAUCACAGCUUUGCAGCACAACGCAAGAACGACAGUGGGAGGCACCGGCUGAACAUUUGAGUACCCACCCAUCCAACCCACGUGGGGACAAAGGAGCAUCUUUACACUUUUGGAAGUCAGUCCUUCACGGGCCGCCCCCGCCGCCCACCUGCAAGCUCCACGGAGAGCCUUGUGUGCUGCGUACUGUCAAGAAGGAGGGACCAAACGUGGGCCGGCAGUUCUUUGUGUGCGCCCGCCCUCAAGGGCAUGCUGCCAACCCAGAGGCUCGGUGUAACUUCUUUGCAUGGGUUGACAGAGGCAAGUGACCCCCCAAAAAAGACAACACUCUCCAAAUGUUUCACUGCUGCUCUACUGUGAAAUUGUUUUUAUUUGGUUGAAUAAAAUUGUGUUUUAUAACAAGUUAGGUUUCAUUGUUCAUCAGCAGAGGUGGAAAAAAGUACUCACGCUCUGUACUUGAGUACAAGUAGUCUUGUGUAAAUAAAUAAAAAAGUGUAGUUGUGAAAGAAUUUAUCAUGUUUAAAGCAUAUUCACAUGUAGAAAUUCGCCCACGCAGAUUUGUGGAUGAGACAAAGAUGCUGUCUGGUUCACACUUCCUCAACCCGUCUGGUUCACACUUCCUCAAGCUAUGUUGACUAUUAAAAAACUGUUUUCCGGUGCACCUGCACAUCUCGGUAAAGUUCCACUGUGUUGCAUGCUGCUUUGCUUGAAAUAAAUAGAGGACGAGGGCAGCAGUUCGUUGUCAGUCUUGGUGAGCACACUCAGCCAGUGAGUUGCUCUGCUGUCCCUCGCGAGCAGAAAAGACAA